GAAUUUGUUUGUCUUAGUUAGCCGCACGCAAUUGGCUCUUUCAACCUCCACAAUGAUGUGGUUGGCAGCAGUAGACAACUUUCACAAAAGACUACCAAGUGUUUUCGAAGACUACCUGUUCUGUCGCUAUUAUCAGGCAAAGUAGUGAAUUAUUCACACAUUUCGAGUUUUAGAUCUCUCUGAAAGACAGUACCAGAGCGAAGCCACGAGAUCCUUUAAUUUUCACCAUCUUCUUUUUAACAAGUAUAUCGUCAAGUUUGCGUCAAGUGGUUUUGGGUCGCGAGUGGAUAAGAAGGCCAGCGUUUCGGACGCAGAUUUCGCGAAUUUUUGUCACCGGCAGACGUUUUUGAGUAAUUUUAACCCUGAAUAUCACAUGUUCAGAUGUCAAAUCGACAGCGAACAAUAACGGUCCAAGCAGGAAGCCGUGCACAGAGCAUGUGCAGAGCAUAAACGACCCGUCGAUCGUCUGCUGCAGUGAAAGGCUUUUAGACGCAGACUUUGACACGACACGCUCUUGUAACGUAUUCGGGUGAAAUUAAGCUUCGCGAAUGGAGCGGGGCAAAUUCUGUCGAUCAGACAACCCGCUUAUUGACGAAAUCCUACAGAAGUAUCGCGACUGCUCGACAGACUCCAUCACUGGGCCCAAAGGUUUCACCUCUAAGAAAUCAUGGCCAGACAGCAUUGCUAAACAUAGCUCUUAUGUUGCGUCUACUGAACAUUCUAGGUUGAUAAGCAAGACGGUCACAGUAAGAAUGCCACCGCCGAAGGGACACGACGGAUUCAACUUCAAGGAAACAAUUAUCGACGGUAUUCCUUUAGCUUGCUUCAGCUCAGGAGGCGAAAAACGCGUCUGUUACACCGAACUCGUGAAUAAAGUGCUCAAGGAUUUUGACAGCAAAGAGAUAAACGCAAAUCGAGAUCGACUUCAGAUCUUUUGUCCGCGCUGCACGCCGCAUCACCUGGAACUGUUUAAGCUGGCUGGGGUCUUGUCUUGGUCGGCUACUUCGGCAAGUUUUAUUUCCAAGACUGAUUCAUUUCGCUUGAUCGGGGUUUUGACCGCAAGCGAGGUACCAAAACGGCCAAGCCGUAUCUUCCCAGUGGACAGUUUAGAAGUGUACCACGAGUGUUUUGGCGGGUGCGUGGGUACUCUAGAAAUUGAAAAGUACACGGAUCCCUACGCCAAGUGUAUUACAUGUUCACAAUGCGAUGGAGUUUUUUCUCCUCGAAGGUUUGUCAUUCAUAAUCAUUCCUCAGGCGAAAUACACACUUGUCACUGGGGGUUUGAUGACGCGAAAUGGCGCUUGUAUUUAAUGUUGUGCAAUGAACAACCCACGAUACAUGUUCAAAAACUCUGGGAGAUGCUUAUGAAUAAGUUUUCGGACGGACAUCGUUGGAAACGUGCAUCGCCCUCGAACGACCAGGAUUCAGACGUGAACGAGCGCGAAAGAGACGCGAGUUCUCCCAAAAAACCGCGCGUGGAUCAUUCGCGAGAGUCGCGUGAAGAGCAAAACGAUGACAGCGACACAAUCGAGAACGGGAACAGCACCAGCAGUAAUGCUAAUGGGGAUAUCGUCGGCAGAAGGUCCGCGUUUAGGCCGUGGUCCCCUCUGCACGGUCGUGGAAAAAGUGCGGAAAAUUCCAAUGCGAGCGGGACACAUUCGUUGUCCAUCAUGUCGGGUUCUCCCGCUCGCCUGUUCGCGCCACACACCAUUCCGUACUUGGCGAGCGAUUCGUACACUUCGCGGCAUCCUCACAGUUUUCAUAGCCACCCUGACAAACGAAAAACGAUUCCUAAAGUCGAACCGUUGAGAAGCCCCGGAACAGUUUCGCAUACCGUCAGCGAAAUUCUCGCGACUCCAUCAGCCAAAGAUCCGAGAUCUCUGGAGAAAACCGCAAAGGAAAUGCUAGAAGUUGUGGCUCAGAAUGAAAGAUGGUGCGGGUAUGAAAAUUCGUUCAGUCCUAACCGAGAAAGCGAAGAGUCAAACGGGAGUGAAUGCAGUUUAUGGGAGGAGCGCUUACAACAAAUACUCAUGAACUUGAACAAGAAUGAUAGACUUACCUCUUCUCCCAGGGAAUUAAGUAGAUUAUUAGUCAAGGAUAUCAAAGAUUUAUUUGCUAACCACGCAGGAGAGAAAUUAACGAACCUUACUGAAGAGCGAGACAAGCUUCGUACAGAAUUAGGGUCAUUGCAGAAAGAACAUGCUAGAAAGAUGGAGGAAGCUCUUCAGGAACUGAAAAGUGUUCAAAAAGAACUUAGAAUGAUUCAAACAAGCCAGCGCCUCGAAUUGGAAAGCUUGAACGAGAAAAACAGUAAACUACAACUCGAGGUCAAGAAAUAUAAAGCUGAAAAGGACGACAUUCUCUCAAUGAACUCCAAAGAAACCAUUAAUGUUUUGCAACAAGAUGUUCGAGACCUAUCAAAGAAACUAGAAGAAAAAGACAGCUAUUGUCGAGAGCUCGAAAACGAAAUUAAAGGAUUCCACUCCUGGAUCAACAAUCAAAGAUUACAUAACGCCGGUUCUCAAUUUAUCUACACUGUGAACAAUCCCAGACAAGAUUCGGAGUCGGUAAUUAGAAGUCGCCACAUGCUAAAUGGUACAAGUGCGGGUGGUUUUAGCCACAAAUCGAGUGUUAACAACACGAAUGGCGCGCUUCACAGCGCCGAAAGUUCUGAAGAUGAACAUUGAAUUAAAAAAACAUACACGCAUGUAACACAAAGUAUAGAAGUUGACCCAAAAAAUAUUCUGUAUGUUGCGAUCAAGGAAAGCUAGUCUUAAUUUGAGUAAAGUGAAGAUUUUUUUUUUUUAAAAAAAACAUCAGACAAGAAGUGCGCGGCAGACUGAAAAAUCAAGAAGUUUCUAUUGAAAUCAAAACAUGAUUUUAGGGGCCGAUGUGAAAUUCACUGUGCAUUGUAUUGUUUUGUGUUAUCUCUGUCAGUCUCUCUCUCGCGAAAACAAAAGAGAAAACUCACCAGAAAAAUAUAGAGACAAGUAGAAAUCACAUGAAAGAGAAUACAAACUUUAUUUUGACGCUAUGAGCGAGAUUUUGUUAGUAGUAAUUUUAAUUCAAGAUGUAAAUCGAAUUUUAAUGGUAGAUUUCUUAGGGCGCCUCUAAAUACAUGGUAUAGAAUCAUCUUUCAGAA